GCUAGAUGGAGCGGAGGCAAGGCUGGGUCAGCCUGGGGCCACAGACCAGCUGAUGCGCCGUCAUCCGGUCUGAGCUGGAGUCAGAGGCAAAGGAGGGCCCAGCCAGCCAGGCUCUCACAGACACAUCCACUGAAUGUAGUGUAGCCUACUGUACAGUACAUCCCCUGUUCAGGAUGACAGAUGAAGCUUCACAAGAGGCAGACAUGUUGGUCUCUAGAGAAAGGGACUGUGAGACCACUGCUCAAGGAGCGCUGCUAACCAAAUGUGUUGUUAUUCAAUCACGCAGACCAGGAAUAGGCUAUCCCCUUGAAAACAUAGUGAUGGCUUAUUGACAGGAAUUGUAUACAGAAGGCUAUUCCUGUACUCGAGGCUCUUGACAGUAUGUUAGGGUUAUGUGUAUUGGACAUGAAGCAAAGUUACUAACUUAGAUGAAUGUAACAACACCAACAAUUUAUAAACUUUAUAAGCCUAACUCUCUCACUUUUCCCCCUCUGCAGCUUCCAGUCAAAGUGGGCCAACAGAACACUCACACCAAAGUCAGCACGGAGCACAACAAGGAAUGUCUGAUCAACAUCUCCAAGUACAAGUUCUCAUUGGUCAUCAGUGGCCUCACAAACAUACUGAAGAAUGUGAACAACAUGGUGAGUGUGUGUGUGUGCGCAAUGUCAGUUGAAGCCUAUAGAGCCGGGAACAGUGUUGGAGAAGUCUCAACCAUGUCUCCUGCUCCUCUUUCUCCCCUAGCGAAUAUUUGGGGAGGCUGCGGAGAAGAACCUCUAUCUCUCUCAGCUCAUCAUCCUGGACACACUGGAGAAGUGCCUUGCUGGGGUGAGGAUCCUUUUUUUCUCUUAGACGUUCCCCAUAAAAAUACAAAUAAGGAAAUUAUGGAUGCAUGUCGCUGUUAUAUCUCCGACUCUCUCUCUCUCUCUCUCUCUCUCUCUCUCUCUCUCUCUCUCUCUCUCUCUCUCUCUCUCUCUCUCUCUCUCUCUCUCUCUCUCUCUCUCUCUCUCUCUCUCUCUCUCUCUCUCUCUCUCUCUCUCUCUCUCUCUUCAUUCUCCUUUCCUCCCUCUGUGUCUUUCCUGGUUUGUUUCCUUGUCUCCCUGCAUGCUCUCCUAAUACAGCAUUAUGGUUUUUACAGAUCUCCAUUAGAUAUCAGCAUAACACAAUAGGAUGUGGUUGAGAUGUUUUGCCUCAGUGGGGACAGUGGCCUUUGUGCUGGACUGGAUCUGAGCCUUUCCCCUCCCCACACGUGAACUGUGUGUUUGAGUCCUGUCUCUUUCUCUCAGCCUUGGGGAAUUAUGUUAGUAGCCAGUAGUCUCCUGGUUCUUUUCCUUCCUCUCCCCUCCUUAGUAAAGAUGUGCUCACUGCUCACUGAAUAUUGCUUUUCCAGGUGCUUGCUCAUCUUGACUUUGCAUUCUCAGCCUCCAAUGGAAUUGCCCCAAGUUUCCGGAUGGAGGACAGCUGUUAGUAGGUUCUUCAAGUCCUCCUUGUUCUUGAAAUCUGAAUGCUUUUUGCUAACUAUUUUUGCCUUGUUGAUGUCCUCUUUCAGUAGCCCAUGUCCCUGGAAGUUAAUUUAAAAUCAUGACAUAUUACACCCUUACUAGUAAUCAGAAAAUCCUUCUAUUUUCAAUUAAAUAUUUCCCUUAAUGAUCCACCACUGUCCUCAAGUAGAGCCCUCUCUUUCCCCAUUCCCCCUACAGUGUCCAGGGGUAAUGACAGGUCCCAGGCCUGCAGUAGAGCUCUCUCUGUCCCCAGUCCCCCCACAGUGUUGUGGGGUAAUGACAGGUCCCAGGCCUGCAGUGCAGCAGGUCCAAACCCAGCAGGUAGAAUCAUUAGUCUGGAUAGCUCUGUCCAGAGCUGUUAUCUCAGCUAGAUUUACAGCAUUGUUUCAAGGCUGUGAGAGACAUCAGAAUGCACUGUAUCUAAAAUAUGUGAUGUAAAGUUGUAGCCUACCGAUUUGUGAUAUCUUACCUAUUGGUACGGAUGUUUUAGACCUAGUAUGUUUUAUAUCUUCAUGUAUGAGAGGGAAUUUGUGAUUUCAGGGAUGCCUGCCUUAUGACUGGAGCCUGACUGACCGUUCUCUCUGUGUGGGAGGGUUUUAAUCCUCAUCCCAAUCUAUCAGUGGUCUAUUCUCUCCUCUCUGGGUUAAUCGUGCAGUGAGGACACCGAUGAAAGGUUUUCUCAUGUUUGACCUCUAACCUUUCCUCUAAUCCCUCCCUUCCUGGUCUCUCUUCCCUUCCCUCAGCAACAGAAGGACUGUAUGCGUCUGGACGAGACCAUGCUGGUGAAACAGCUGCUGCCAGAGAUCUGUCACUUCAUCCACACGUACCGUGAGGGCCACCAGCAUGCCGCCGAGUUACGUAGCUCCGCCUCCGGGGUCCUCUUCUCCCUCAGCUGCAACAACUUCAAUGCCGUGUUCAGCCGCAUCUCCACCAGGUGACAUUAAUCAUAAACACCCAUAACUCUCCCCUCAGCCCAACCUGCUCUGAGAAGCGACAGGCCACAGUAGUAGACCUCAGGCUGAACAUAGAGGAUGGGUUACCGUUAAGUGUACACCAGUUCAGGCCUUUGGGCUUCAGUGAGAGCGAGGAGGAAAAGAGAAGCUGGAGCUAUUAUCUACCUAAGAUAGAUAGAGGAAAUAAAUAGAGGGAGAAAGUCUCUGUCAGCAGCCUUCAUAAAGAGUGUAUUUGUCUGAUGGAGUAAUGUUCCACUGUGAGACCAAGCCCCAGAAGGACCUGGACAUGCACAAGACAUGGAAGCAUACUCACAUGCGUGUGUGUGUGCGCGGGCGUGUGUGUGUCAGAGCUGAGUGGUUUGGAGUGGGGAGAAAACAUCUGCUGUUACCAUUAACCACUAGGGUAUAUGAAUUAUUUGUUGAAGCUCAGAAAGCACAUAUUUUGUCUUCCUUCUCCUUGCACUGGUGUACUACUUGGUUCUGAGGCAGAAGAGAAGAGUGCUGCUCCACUCGUGUAUCUAUCGUUUCUGUGAGUCGCAGUCUGCACUUGUUAACCCAGCUGUGCUGUGGUCUUAUUGGUCCAUGACUGGCAGGCCCAGACUGAUGAAGUGGCUGGUUAUUAAAUCAUGAGGAGUUGGUUAUGUGAUGUUAAGCUGGAGAGAGAGAGUUGACCUUAACCACUCCCCAGUGUCGCCUCUCUCGCUUUCUUUCUCUCCUCAGCUUUUACCUUGAAAGCAUUGCCCAUUCAUUCAAACUAGCCUAUUUGAUGUCAGUUCCACGCGAUGGCCAAUCACUAUCUUAUCCCUACUUUGCUACUUCACCCUUAUUAUUGGAAGUUCUAGUAGUCUAACCCUAACCCUUACUCACCAAACCACCUGAUUUUAAUUAUUCAAUUUCCCAUUGUUUGGGUUUUAACUAAAGUUAUUACCGGUAGUCAAAUGAGACCUAUGCUUACCAUUUGAUUAGUGUAUGUAGGAUGAUGCUCCAUUGCUACUUCUCUACAGUUUCGUAAUGAUGAUGUGAUUCUAUUGAAUGUGAAUAUUCGAGGAGAUUAAAAUAAUAAUCUUUAUUAAAUAUCCAUCUUUGCUGUGUUUCCCCUCAGGUUGCAGGAGCUCACCUUGUGUUCAGAGGACACAGUGGAUGUCCAUGACAUUGAGCUCAUACAGUACAUUAAUGUGGACUGUGCCAAGCUAAAGAAACUGCUCCAAGGUAUUUGCGUAUUCUUAUCAGUCACAUUGCUUUAUUUAGGACUACAGCCGUCACAUUUGUAGUUAUCCAUUUGAUAGAGCUAAAGAUGUUGUGCACCAUUGUUGAGGUUCAGCGUGGACUCACUAUUGGUUGUCAUCUUCUCCUGCAGAGACGGUGUUUAAAUUCAAAGCCCUCAAGAAGCCUGCCCAGCUAAGUGUCAUCAACAGCUUAGAGAAGGUGAGUCGCUCUCUCUGUCUCUGUCUGUCUCACACAUCUAUCUACAGACUCACUGUCUCCACCUAGUGGUCUCUCGUCCUCUCAUCUCCUGUAGCCCUGCUCCUCCUGCUCUAGUGCAGUGUCUGUUGACUUUCUGUGGAGCUGCUCAGGCAUCUGGAUACACUUCAGUGGAGUCAGGGCACUGGUGUUUACACUGACCGUCUGUGGCUCGCCAGAAGCCCCAGUCUUGAAGCUGGAGUGUGGCUCCACUGAGAGGAUGUGUAAACACCUUAACAGUUUUAUGAAGUUUUACAUGUAAACUGUUUUUAUCUCACCUAAUCAGAGCUUGACAUUAGUAUCAGGAUGGGAAACAUCGUUGCAAGUUGGUGUGUUGUUGAUAGUCUUCUUUGCGAGUUGAGGAUAGGUACAGUGCUUCCCAGGCAGGUGAUGUGACCCCCUUCUCUCCCCUCUCAGGCCUUCUGGAACUGGGUGGAGAACUACCCUGAUGAGUUCACCAUGCUAUACCAGAGGCCACAGACAGACAUGGCUGGUGAGAAUGCAGUUACAGUUAUAAUGUUCCACUCAGUGAUGAAUCAUAUGUCUAUGUGUUAUUGACUGUGUUGUUGCUUGGUUGUGUCUCUCCCAGACUGUGCAGAGAAGCUGUUUGACCUGGUGGACAGUUUUGCUGAGAGUGCCAAGAGGAAGGCAGCCGUGUGGCCCCUGCAGAUCAUCCUCCUCAUCCUCUGUCCUAACAUCACACAGGACAUCUCCAGAGAGACUGUAGAGGACACCAAGGUCAACAAGGUCAGACACAACACACACGCAGCACACACAGGGCGCACGGCGCACACACUAGGGUUCUAAUCAACCAUGUCUUACACUACUCAUGUCUCACAGUAGACUACGCUUCUCUCAUACAGUACUGUUACAGUACUCUUCUCUGUCCCUAACAGAAACUGUUCCUGGAGAACCUGCGGAAGGCCCUGGCCGGCCACGGGGGCAGUAAACAGCUGACUGAGAGUGCUGCCAUCGCCUGUGUCAAACUUUGCAAGGCCUCCACCUACAUCAACUGGGAGGACCACUCUGUCAUCUUCCUCCUGGUGCAGUCCAUCGUAGUGGACCUCAAGGUGAGUAUCAGCCACAGAUGGUCCUCUGAUCAUCAGUGUUAUGGGACAGUAUUAUAAACGUAGUAUCCAGUAUUAGUCACCAGUGGUAACCAAUUAUAAACGUAGUAUCCAGUGUUAGUCACCAGUGGUAACCAAUUAUAAACGUAGUAUCCAGUAUUAGUCACCAGUGGUAACCAAUUAUAAAUGUAGUAUCCAGUAUUAGUCACCAGUGGUAACCAAUUAUAAACGUAGUAUCCAGUAUUAGUCACCAGUGGUAACCAAUUAUAAACGUAGUAUCCAGUAUUAGUCACCAGUGGUAACCAAUUAUAAACGUAGUAUCCAGUAUUAGUCACCAGUGGUAACCAAUUAUAAACGUAGUAUCCAGUAUUAGUCACCAGUGGUAACCAAUUAUAAACGUAGUAUCCAGUAUUAGUCACCAGUGGUAACCAAGUAUAAACGUAGUAUCCAGUAUUAGUCACCAGUGGUACCAUUAAACGUAGUAUCCAGUAUUAGUCACCAGUGGUAACCAAUUAUAACGUAGUAUCCAGUAUUAGUCACCAGUGGUAACCAAUUAUAAACGUAGUAUCCAGUAUUAGUCACCAGUGGUAACCAAUUAUAAACGUAGUAUCCAGUAUUAGUCACCAGUGGUAACCAAUUAUAAACGUAGUAUCCAGUAUUAGUCACCAGUGGUAACCAAUUAUAAACGUAGUAUCCAGUAUUAGUCACCAGUGGUAACCAAUUAUAAACGUAGUAUCCAGUAUUAGUCACCAGUGGUAACCAAUUAUAAACGUAGUAUCCAGUAUUAGUCACCAGUGGUAACCAAUUAUAAACGUAGUAUCCAGUAUUAGUCACCAGUGGUAACCAAUUAUAAACGUAGUAUCCAGUAUUAGUCACCAGUGGUAACCAAUUAUAAACGUAGUAUCCAGUAUUAGUCACCAGUGGUAACCAAUUAUAAACGUAGUAUCCAGUAUUAGUCACCAGUGGUAACCAAUUAUAAACGUAGUAUCCAGUAUUAGUCACCAGUGGUAACCAAUUAUAAACGUAGUAUCCAGUAUUAGUCACCAGUGGUAACCAAUUAUAAACGUAGUAUCCAGUAUUAGUCACCAGUGGUAACCAAUUAUAAACGUAGUAUCCAGUAUUAGUCACCAGUGGUAACCAGUCACAGCUGAUGCUAUGGACCUUGUUUCUCCCUUUUCCUGUCAGGCCCUGCUCUUCAACCCAGCCAAGCCUUUCUCCAGAGGGGCGGGAAGCCAGAACGCAGACGUGGACCUCAUGAUCGACUGCUUUGUCUCCUGUUUCCGCAUCAAUCCCCACAACAACCAACACUUUAAGGUAUUUAUUUGUAUUCAUUAAGGAUCCCCAUUAGCUGCUGCCAAGGCAGCAGCUACUCUUCCUGGGGUCCAGCAACAUUAAGGCAGUUAUAUACAGUUUAAAAUAUUACAUGACAUUAUAUUUCAUAACACUUUACCCAAUAUAUUUAGUGUGGUCCCUCAGACCACUACUCCACUAUCACAUAUUUACAAUACAACAUCCACGUGUACGUGUGUGUAGAGUGUGUGUCUUUUCAUGUGUCUGUGCCACUCUGUUCCAUAAGGUGUAUUUUUUUUUUUCUGCUUGCUUCAGUUACCUGAUGUGGAAUAGAGUUCCAUGUAGUCAUGGCUCUAUGUAGUAUUGUGCGCCUCCCAUAGUCUGUUCUGGACUUGGGGAUUGUGAAGAGACCUUUGGUGGCAUGUUUUGUGGUGUAUGCAUUGGUGUCUGAGCUGUGUGCUAGUAGUUUAAACAGACACCUCGUGCAUUCAGCAUGUCAACACUUCUUACAAAAACAAGUAGUGAUUUAGUCAAUCUCUCCUCCACAGCAAGGGGAGAUUGACACGCAUAAUAUUAAUGUUAUCUGUCCGUGUACAUUUAAGGGCCAGCCGUGCUGCCCUGUUCUGAGCCAAUUGUAAUUUUCCGAAGUCCCUCUUUGUGGCACCUGACCAAACGACUGAACAUUAGUCCAGGUGCGACAAAACUAGAGCCUGGAGGACCUGCCUUGUUGAUAAUGUUGUUAAAAAGACAGAGCAGCGCUUUAUUAUGGACAGACUUCUCCCCAUCUUAACUACUGUUGUAUCAACAUGUUUUGACCAUGACAGUUUAAAAUCCAGGGUUACUCCAAGCAAUUUAGUCACCUCAAUUUCCUCAUUAUUCACUAUGAUCGAUAAUGUCAAAAGCCGCACUGAAGUCUAAAAGAACAGCUUCCACAAUCUUUUUAUCAUACAUUUCUGUCAGCCAAUCAAUCAUCAGUCAUUUGUGUAAGUGCCGUGCUUGUUGAAUGUCCUUCCCAAAAGCGUGCUGAAAGUCUGUUGUCAAUUUGUUUACAGUAAAAUAGCAUUGUAUCUGGUCAAACACAAUUUUUUCCAAAUGUUUACUAAGGGUUGGUAACAGGCUAAUUGGUCGGCUAUUUGAGCCAGUAAAGGGGGCUUUACUAUUCUUGGGUAGCGGAAUUGCUUUUGCUUCCCUCCAGGCCUGAGGGCACACAUUUUUUAGUAGGCUUAGAUUGAAGAUAUGGCAAAUAGGAGUGGCAAUAUCAUCCGCUGUUAUCCUCAGUAAUUUUCCAUCCAAGUUGUCAGACCCCGGUGGCUUGUCAUUGUUGAUAGACAAUAAUACUUUUUUCACUUCUUCCACACGCACUUUACGGAAUUCAAAAUUACAAUGCGUGUCUUUCAUAAUUUGAUCAGUUAUACUUGGAUGUGUAGUGUCAGCGUUUGUUGCUGGCAUGUCAUGCCUAAAUUUGCUAAUCUUGCCAAUGAAAUAAUCAUUAAAGUAAUUGGUAAUAUCAGUGGGUUUUGUGAUGAAUGAGCAAUCUGAUUCAAUUAAUGAUGGAGUUGAAUUUUGGAGUAUAGUUUUGCAUAGAAAUGGUUAUGUUAAUACACAUGUGUUAACCACAUACUGGUGUGUUGAAGUAAGGACUGUGUGAUCUCUGGUUAACCUCUCUCUCUUUAUUUUUCUCCCCCAUUUCAGGUCUGCCUGGCGUCAUCCUCUCCUCCCACCUUUCACUUCGUCCUGGUCAACUCCCUAUACAGAAUCAUCACUAAUGUAAGUGUGUGUUGUCAUGGCCCAACAUAGGGUUAAGGGAUCAAUCAACACACCCAAUGCCAAUGUCCAUUGCCGCCAUCCAAAGUAAUAAAAGUGACCAAUGCUGUGUGCACAGUGCAUGUCUAGACUGACCAGUGGUAACCUUACCUGUGGUGACUGUGUAGAUGAUGUCACUACUGUACACACUGCGCUCUAUUACACAGCCGUUAGAUGGACUACCAUCUCACUCUGGAUGAGCCAUGCGGGGAGAGGAGGUGCUGCAGACACACGUGUGUGUGUGUGUGUGUGUGUUUCAAUAGGAAGUGCUUAAGGGCAGAUUUCAUACAGAGGCCCUUUUAUUAUCUCUCUAUGUGUCUGAGAGACUGUGUGUGUGUGUGAGGGAGUGAGUGUAUGACUGGUCUCUCUCUCGCCCCCCUCACUCAAAGCACUUCCUGUCUGAGCAGAAGUCAGAGGCUGCUUUUGUUCCUGUCUGUCUGUCUGUCUGUCUGUCUGUCUGUCUGGGUGUCUGGGUGGGUGGGUGGGUGGGUAACAGACAGAGUAGGAGAGGACAGCCGCCAUCCUUCUCCCCACCAGGCAAACUCUCCACCCUAACAAAUCCUACAGGGCUGAAUGCCCCAUGUCAUUAUCUGAAUGAGUAUAGACUGGGAUAAAUCAAAUCUUAUUUGCGGGUGUAGCGAAAUGCUUGUGCUUCUAGCUCCGACAGUGCAGUAAUAUCAAACAAGUAACAUCUAACAAUUUCACAACAUACCCAAUACACACAAAUCUAAGUAAGGAAUGGAAUUAAGAAUAUAUACAUAUAUGGACGAGCAAUGACAGAGCGGCAUGGUAGUUUGCCCCUGGUAAUGCGUUCGGCAGACCGCACCACCCUCUGGAGAGCCCUGCGGUUGCGGGCGGUGCAGUUGCCAUACCAGGCGGUGAUACAGCCCGACAGGAUGCUCUCAAUUAUGUAUCUGUAUAAGUUUGUGAGGGUUUUAGGUGCCAAGCCAAAUUUCAUCAGCCUCCUGAGGUUGAAGAGGCUCUGUUGUGCCUUCUUCACCACACUGUCUGCGUGGGUGGACCAUUUCAGUUUGUCAAUGAUGUGUACGCCAAGGAACUUCGCUAUUACUAUUUGUCAGUGAUGUGUACACCAAGGAACACCCACUAUUACUAUUCAACCUACAGGCCGGUGUAUUAUCCAAGUCUGUCUACAGGAUUAAGUUUCUGUUUCAAAUGUUUUAUAAUGAAGCCUAGUUAUCCAUGUACACAAUUGUACAGUUUGUUUACAGGAUUGAGUUUAACCCUCUGUCCAUUCCUCUGUUGCAGUCUCCAUUGGACUGGUGGCCUAAGAUUGACGCGGUGUACUGCUACUCAGGAGAGCUGAGGAUCAUGUUUUCUGAGACGCUGGGCCACGUGAUGAGGGGCUGCAGUACACACGCUCCCCUCCGCAUGACUCCGGUAAGACACACACUAUCCGUCUGUGGGCAGAUACACACAACAAAACACACACACACAACAAAACACACACUCUUGGAAACAAAAACAUACUCAACAAACCCAACAUGUUAUCGUGUGUGAGUCUGCAUUAUAGUUUUUUUUAUGAAUGGGCCAUGCUGAGAUUAGAUGUUAUUGAAUGUCAGACUGCAGUGUGUUGUUUGACUGCGGAGAGCAGGAGCUUCACAGCAGCUACAAAUAUAAACGUAUACAUACAAACAACAACUUACAGACGCACAGAAAUAACGACUACAUCUCCUCUGCCCAGACGCGUAUGCUCACACCCUCAUCCCUAGUGCCUGCAUUAUUGUUUGCCACAUGGCCUUAAAUUGUACCAAUUUGUUUUUCUCGGUCGACCUUGCUAUUUCAAUAUUUGAAUAAUAAAUCAUUAGAUUUUUCCAUUGUGUUAAUGAUGGCAGAUUUGAUUGAUUUCCACGUUUUUAGUAUACGUUUUUUCAAGAUGAGUGAUGAGAAGAGAAUCGUCCAGCCCAUUGGGUAUCUCACCACACGCUCAUUUGCCAUGUCAUGAAAUAUGCAGACAGACGGAUUAAAAGUAAGUUUACAUUGUAAUACUUCUGACAGCCAACUUUCUAGCUCCGUCCAUAACUUUUGGACUUCAUAGCAUUCCCUGAAAGCAUGUCAUUAUUAGUUUUACACUUAAGAUAUGACUCUGCUGUUGUGCUGUAGACAUUCUGAGUUUUGUCUCUUGUAUAAUACAUUCUAUACAUUUAGUUUAUACUGGAUUAAACAUACAUUUUCAUUAACUGUAAUUUCGUUGCUUAUGCUCCCAAUUUUCCCUCCAUCUUGUGCGCCAACAUCAGUUGGUUCCAAUCUUGGUUCCAAUAUUUUUUUUUUUCUAAGAGGUUGUCAGUUGGAUAUGCUCUCUGCAAGGUUUUUUAUAUCUUCCCUAUCAAUUGAACAGCAUUUUCUGACUCAAAUAAGAUUCCUUCAAGGUUGCUCAUGAUGUCGAAAAGAUUUCAAAUCGAAAUGUUUUGAUACACUACAUGACCAAAAGUAUGUGGGCACCUGCUUGUCGAACAUCUCAGUCUAAAAUCAUGGGCAUUAAUAUGGAGUUGGUCCCCACUUUGCUGCUAUAACAGCCUCCACUCACUAGAUGUUGGAACAUUGCUGCGGGGACUUGCUUCCAUUCAGACACAAGCAUUAGUGAGGUCGGGCACUGAUGUUGGGCGAUUUGGCCUGGCUUGCAGUCAGCAUUCCAAUUAAUCCCAAAGGUGUUCGAUGGGGUUGAGGUUAGUGCUCUGUGCAGGCCAGUCAAGUUCUUCCACACCGAUCUCGACAAACCAUUUCUCUAUGGACCUCACUUUGUGCACUGGGGCAUUGUCAUGCUGAAACAACUUUUGCCACAAAGUUGGAAGCACAGAAUUGUCUAGAAUGUCAUUGUAUGCUGUAGCGUUAAGAUUUCCCUUUACUGGAGUUUGUGUGGCCUACCACUUCGCAGCUGAGCCGUUGUUGCUCCUAGAUGUUUCCACUUCAUAAUAACAGCACUUACAGUUGACUGGGGCAGCUCUAGCAGGGCAGAAAUUUGACGAACUGAUUUGUUGGAAAGGUGGCAUCCUAUGACGGUUGAAAGUCACUGAGCUCUUCAGUACAGUCCAAUAUACUGCCAAUGUUUGUCUAUGGAGAUUGCAUGGCUGUGUUCUCGAUUUUAUACACCUGUCAGCAACGGGUGUGGCUGAAAUAGCCGAAUCCACUCAUUUGAAAGGGUGUCCACAUGCUUUUGGCCAUAUGUCGCAAUUCCAUGUCUGGAAGGUUAAAACCACCCUCAGACUUAGAAGAUGUAAAACUUUCCUUUUUAUUUUAUGAAUUUUAUUUGCCCACAUUCUCUUAUGACCGAGUAUACUUUUUUAAAGAAUGUCUUCGGUGGGUUAGUUGGUAUUACCGAAAAUAAAUACAAAAUCUUGGGGAGCCAUGCCAUUCUAAAGAUGUUUAUUCUACCUGUAAGAUUUGUGGGAAGAUUAUUCAAUUUAAUUAGAUCUGCUUUCAUAUUGUUGAGUAAUUAAAUAACUUUAUCUUUAUAUAUUUGUUUGUCACUUAUUAAGCAUCCUAAGUAUUUCAUAUUUUUUUGUGGUCCACUUUAAAGGAUUGCUGUAGAUCGUGAGGUAUUAUUUUUAUUUUUGCUAUUGACAUUAUUUCAGUUUUUUCCACGUUAAUUUUAUAUCCUGAGAUGUUUAGAGUAUUCUGAAAAUAUUUUUAGCAAAGGGGGCAUUGACUUUUCAUUAUUGGUCAAGUAUAUCAGGAGAAUAUCUGGAAAUAAGUUUAGUUUAUAGUCAUGUUUACCAAUACGUUUGGGUCCUGUCUAAUUCUUUCUGCAAGCGGUUCAAUUGCCAGUGCAAACAGGAGGAGGGAGAGAGGACAUCCCUGUCUUGUGCCCCUUUCUAAAGCAAUUUUAUUAGAUAAUGUAUUAUUUGUGCAUAUUUUAGCUUUAUGACAUUUAUACAAUAUGUUUUAUUAAAUGUUAUUUCAGCUGGAUAGUUGAAAGCUUCCAAAGUUUUGAAUAGAAAAUGCCAUUCAAGAUGAUCGAAAUCCUUUUCGGCAUCAACAGCCAUUGUUGAUAAAUCUACAUCUAGUUUUUUUGCGUGUUGUAUUAAACUGAAACAUGUUCUUGUAUUUGUUUGCAAGUGUGUAGUUCUUUUAUAAACCCUGUUUGAUUGAAAUGUGACAAGUCUGGUAAGACUUUUCCCAUUCUAUUGCUUAUAAGCUUUGUUAUUAUUUUAUUGUCACAAUUUAUUAAACUUAUGGGUAUAUAAUCAGCAGGGGACUCUCGAUUUUCCUGGUUUUAAUAUAACUGAAAUAACUGUUUGAUACAUGGAACUAGGAAGUACUGAAUUGAGUGACAUGUGUGUUGUCAUUUGUGUAAAUAGGGGGGCUACUUUGUCCCAAAAUGUUAAAUAGAAUUCUAUGGGAAAGCCAUCCAUUCCUGGUGCUUUUUUCCAUGCAAAUGUUUUAACAGUAUCUAAUAUUUAUUAUUGGGUGAUCUCUGUUUUUAGUGAUUAUUUUUUGUCUGUUGAUAAUUGCUUCAGAGUUGUUGAGUCUAAGAAGGCUACAGGGUCCGUCCAACUGUUUAAUUCUGAUUUUAUAUACAGUACCAGUCAAAAGUUUGGACACACCUACUCAUUCAAGGGUUUUUCUUUAUUUUUACUAUUGUCUACAUUGUAGAAUAAUAGUGAAGACAUCAAAACUAUGAAAUAACACAUGGAAUCAUGUAGUAACCAAAACAGUGUUAAACAAAUCAAAAUGUAUUUUAUAUUUGAGAUUCUUCAAAGUAGCCACCCUUUGCCUUGAUGACUGCUUUGCACACUUGGCAUUCUCUCAACCAGCUUCAUGAGGUAGUCACAUGGAAUGCAUUUCAAUUAACAGGUGUGCCUUGUUAAAAGUUAAUUUGUGGAAUUUCUUUCCUUCUUAAUGCAUUUGAGCCAAUCAGUUGUGUUGUGACAAGGUAGGGGUGGUAUACAGAAGAUAGCCCUAUUUAGUAAAAGACCAAGUCCAUAUUAUAGCAAGAACAGCUCAAAUAAGCAAAGAGAAACGACAGUCCAUCAUUACUUUAAGACAUGAAGGUCAGUCAAUCCGGAACAUUUCAAAAACUUUGAAAGUUUCUUCAAGUGCAGUCGCAAAAACCAUCAAGUGCUAUGAUGAAACUGGCUCUCAUGACCACCACAGGAAAGGAAGAACCAGAGUUACCUCUGCUGCAGAGGAUAAGUUCAUUAGAGUUACCAGCCUCAGAAAUUGCAGCCCAAAUAAAUGCUUCACAGAGUUCAAGUAACAGACACAUCUCAACUUCUACUGUUCAGAAGAGUCUGUGAAUCAGGCCGUCAUUGUCGAAUUGCUGCAAAGAAACCACUACUAAAGGACACCAAUAAGAAGAAGAGACUUGCUUGGGACAAGAAACACGAGUAAUGGACAUUAGACCGGUGGAAAUCUGUCCUUUGGUCUGAUGAGUCCAAAUUUGAGAUUUUUGGUUCCAACCGCCGUGUCUAUGUGAGACGCAGGGUAGGUGAACGGAUGAUCUCCGCAUGUGUGGUUCCCACCGUGAAGCAUGGAGGAGGAGGUGUGAUGGUUUGGGGGUGCUUUGCUGGUGACACUGUCUGUGAUUUAUUUAGAAUUCAAGGCACACUUUACCAGCAUGGCUACCACAGCAUUCUGCAGCGAUAUGCCAUCCCAUCUGGUUUAGGCUUAGUGGGACUAUCAUUUGUUUUUCAACAGGACAAUGACCCAACACACCUCGAGGCUGUGUAAGGGCUAUUUGACCAAGAAGGAGAGUGAUGGAGGGAUGAGUUGGACCGCAGAGUGAAGGAAAAGCAGCCAACAAGUGCUCAGCAUAUGUGGGAACUCCUUCAAGACUGUUGGAAAAGCAUUCCUCAUGAAGCUGGUUGAGAGAAUGCCAAGAGUUUGCAAAGCUGUCAUCAAGGCAAAUGGUGGCUACUUUGAAAAAUCUAAAAUAUAUUUUGAUUUGUUUAACACUUUUUUUGUUACUACAUGAUUCCAUAUGUGUUAUUUCAUAGUUUUGAUGUCUUCACUAUUAUUCUACAAUGUAGAAAAUAGUACAUUUAAAGAAAAACCCUUGAAUGAGUAGGUAUGUCCACAUUUUUGACUGGUACUGUAUAUCUGAUAACUCUCUUGAUAACCAUAUUUGAUAACCACUCACUUCCCUGUCAUUUUGUAUGAAUGUGUGUGUCAUCUCGCUCAUAUCUGUGUGUUUGGUCUACUCAUCUCAUGGAGGUGAAGGACGGCAGAGGGAACUCUCUGACAUCAUUGACUCGGUGGUGCUUCUUUGUCUUCUGCUUAUUUUCUCUUUCAUAUUGCCCCGUUCUUUCCUUCUCCUUCUUCUUCAUUUUCUUUGACCUGGCUGCUGCCGCCCACUCACUCAGAUGCCAACCUGUCACAGUCACUGUUUUGCAUGGCAGUGGGCGUCUGUCGCUGUAAGUAUAACUGCCACCCCUACCACUCCCCACGUUUCCUCCUCCCGACUCCUCUGCAGCUGACCCCUGACCUCUAACCCUGACCUCACCCUCAGGCUACCACAGGUAAGAGAGAGCCCCUGUCGUCCUCCACCUCCUCUGUGCUCUGGUUGAAGUGAGUCUGCGUCUGACUCCUCCCUCCACUCCAUCUCAUCUGUAUGCUAGGCUAGCUACUGGAGCAUGCUUCUCAGCAUGUUAGUGCUGAGCCAUUUUAGUGCUUUUUGAGGUCGGUUCGGUUACAGUUAUUAAAAAAUAAUCACGAUUUUCGAUUUCCAUUAAAAAAAACAAAUGCCAACAUUAAAUGCAAUAUGUGGAAUGAAUGCUGUAACAAUACAGAAUAAAACAAUUAAUAAAAGUCCAAUGAUGUUAGUGACCUAUUACUGAUUAUUAACCAUCAUUUAUUCACAAUAUUUUAAUAAAAUAUUUCAGUUGUGUGUAUUACAUUUGUUUUAUUUGAUGACUUGAUCAUCUCAUCUCUAUAGAGCUGCUGCCUAUGUUGUCUGACAAAAUAACUAUUUUAGUAGUUCUUCAAAGUAAAUAAGGCAUACUUUUAUGACUGCUGAAUACCAACGAUCAAUCACUUAGAUCAUGUAUUUUCUGGUAGAUAACUCGCGAAGCUACUGCUCUCUAUCUCGCGCAUUCUUCUGCCUCUUCUCUCUCUCAGUGUCUGCCCCACACAGUCCGCACAAACAGGCGCGCAAUGGAUUAUGGUCAUUGUAGUUAAUUACUACGUUUUCUGCGCUAAACAAUGUAGAAUAUUGGCCUGUUGGAAACUAAAACGCACACAGUUCGGGCUUGAUCUGAUUUAUCUGUAGAGAAACUGCGCAUUGAGCUCACAGAAAAAAACUAAGAAAUGGAAUUCAAAUAAUUGAACCGAUGUAGGUCAAUUAGUUGUUUAAAAAAAGAAGAAUAACUGACAUUUCAGUUAAUUGCUCAGCGCUAUAGUUGAGGCUGAGUCCUCCUCUUGCACACUCACAAAGUCUUUGGAUUGUUCAUCAUCUUUAUUUUAACUCCUAAAUGGAGGAUCUUAAUAUAAUCACAGUGUUGAUAUGCCUUCAAACUAGGUUCUAUGGAUGGCUACUUGGUUGGGUUUUCAUCACCUGUGAAGGGAUGAGAGGCCUAUAGAUUGUGUUGGUGCAUAGUUGAAUAUUUCCUUAAAACGCCACUAGAAUUGGGUGCUAUUUCCUCAUCCAUAAUUCCUGUUUGCAGUGUCCUGGUGUUUGUGUGUGGGCCUGACUCCCUCAUGGUGGCCAGCCCAUGAUGGUUUAGGCAUGGCCCCUUAGGCUCCUGUCUGUUUGCCCACCUCCUGUUUCAUGGCCCACCCAUGAAGGGCACUUAUGAAACAGUGUCUCUCUCUCUAUCCUCCCCUGUUUGACCCCUGAUUCCUUCUCUCCUGGUGGCUCUCCUGAUCCCUGUGCGCUGGGUCUCUGUUGCUCGGAGGGUGGGAACUUGUUUGUCUGAUUGCAGUAGAGAUACUCUGCAUCUGUUUCUCUCUCUCUCUCAUCCUCGCUCAUCUUAAAUGAAAGAUCCUGCUAAUGGCCAGUCUCUACUGUUUGUUUCCUUCAGAGUCUGACCUUCAAGGAGAAGAUGACCAGUCUGAAGUUCAAGGAGAAGACCACAGACCUGGACACGCGUAGCCACAAGUACCUGCUGCUGGCCCUGGUCAAGCUCAUCCACGCUGACCCCAAACUCAUGCUGCAUGUUAGUGUUUACUCUGUUUAUUUUAGGACUCCUGGACAGAAAUAAUGUGCGUUUUUCUGUUUGAGGAUGGUCAUGUAACACAGUAGUUAUACUUAUCCUUUAAUUCUACAUUUGUUGUGUUGGAUUAAGGGAUUAUCAUUGUUAAUUCCACUUGCAGGGUUAGAUUUAGACAUAUUAGCCAAGUGUUAGGUUAUAGAGACUGAUUAUAAAGUCUUAGGGCUCGACACACCAAUAGCGCUUGCAAGCCGGGAGUACUUGCAGACUGAUUUGACAUGUCAGAUGUCAACGUUACGCUCAACGAUCGGUAGACGAUGGCACACAUUCGGUGCGAUGUGUGCCACCCUUUUAAGCUGGUUUGGGAUUUGCAAAGACUUUUAGGCAGACUAGACCGGACUAGACACUCUUGGCAUGUUUGUACAUUGCUGUGUAGUCGUAUACAUGUUUUUUUUAUUGUGUGUGUGUGUGUAAGAACCCGGGUAAGCAGGGUCAGGAGAUCCAGAGCAGUACAGCAGAGCUGAUCACCGGCCUGGUGCAACUGGUGCCUCUAGCCAACAUGGGAGAGUGUUCACAGGAAGCAAUGGAGGUGAGCCCCAUCUCUCUUUCUAUCUCACUCUCCCUUUUUCUCCAUUAUGGUUACAUUUUGCCACAGUGGCUAAUAGAUACUCCUCCCGUUCUCUUCCUUUUCUAGGCCCUCUUGGUCCUGCAUCAACCUGAGACCAUAGAAUUGUGGAACCCAGAUGCUCCCAUUGAGACCUUUUGGGACAUCAGGUAGACUAAGCCCUCCUUUUUAUCUACCUUGUUUUAUAGAUGUUGUCCUACCUUAGAUGCCAGGUGAAAUUGAGUGUUCAUUGAUGCUGAUUGGUUAGCACAGAUGGAGAACACCAGCUUGACUGUGAUUGGCUGUUGUACCCUACAGUUCCCAGGUCCUCUUCUUCAUCUGUAAGAAGCUGGUUGGCCACCAGAUGAUCAACAGUACAGAGAUCCUCAAGUGGCUGAGGGAGAUCCUCAUCUGCAGGAACAAGUUCCUCCUCAGGAACAAGGUGAGCCACAUCAUUGUGGGUUUUGUAGUCCUUAUACCUGUGGGGCUCAUCCAGGAGGGCACAAGGUUAUAGAAUGUUCAAAAAUAUAUUUAGGUCUAUUUAUUUGUCUUGUUGAGUAAAGCCAAAAGGUAGCUCUAUGCAUGACAUUUUAUAUAUCUAUAACAUUCAGAACCCCCUCCUGAACGUGACCGUGGUUUCACUAAUCUCCUUUGUUCUAACCCCUCUGUCCUGUCUUCCUCCCCCAGGAGCAGGCCACGGUGGGCAGUGGCAUCCCCAUCUGCAGACAGGCCCAGACCAAGCUGGAGGUGUGUCUCUACAUGUUCCUGUGGAGCCCUGACAUGGAGGCCGUUCUGGUGGCCAUGUCCUGCUUCCGACACCUCUGUGAGGAGGCUGAGGUCCGCUGUGGAGUGGAUGAGGUCCCGGUGCAGACCAUCCUACCCAACUACAACACCUUCAUUGAGUUUGCCUCCGUCAGCAACAUGAUGUCCACAGGUUAGUAGUGAAUGAACGUGCUAAUGAUCUAUGACCUCGAGAUGACGGUGCUGUAUCUUAUGGACAGAGUACCACCUCUAGAGGGCAGUCACAGCUUGAGAGCUCAGCAGGUGAUGAAGUCGGGGCUGUCUGAGAGGCCAAGGCUCCUGUCAUGGUGUGUUUGUGUGUUUUCAGGCCGCUCAGCCCUGCAGAAGAGAGUGAUGGCUCUGUUGAGGAGGAUAGAACACCCUACUGCAGGAAACACAGAGGUGAGCGAGUGGCCUGCUGCUGUGCUUCUAGUCAUACCCUGAUGGUUCAAUAUGGAAGUAUGUUUGUGAAGCACGAUAUUCACAUCAACUCAAUAUUUGUUUUAUAAUGUUCCCCACAGGCAUGGGAAGACACGCAUGCAAAAUGGGAGCAGGCGACCAAAUUAAUCCUCACCCAUCCCAAAACUAAGCUAGAGGAUGGCCAGGUAAGCAGACAUCCAUUAGCUUGUUCUUAUGCAUUCUUGUUACGCACAUCAAAAUACACUUGUCCCUCUGUUGCUCCUCUCUGUGUCUGUGUCCAGGAGUGGAUCAACAUGACGGGCUUCCUGUGUGCUCUGGGAGGUGUGUGUCUGCAACAGCGCAGUGUCCCAGGCCUGGCCACCUACAGCCCACCCAUGGGGCCUCUCAGUGAGAGGAAGGGCUCCAUGAUCUCCAUGGGCUCUUGUGAGGGGAACACGGAGACGCCCCUGGGCCGCUUCCUGGACCGCCUACUGUCCCUCAUGGUGUGCAGCCAUGAGAAGGGUGUUCAGAUCCGGACCAAUGUUAAGGAUCUGGUGGGCCUGGAGCUCAGCCCGGCUCUCUACCCCAUGCUCUUCAACAAACUCAAGAACAGCAUCAGUCGCUUCUUCGACGCACAGGGGCCGGUGAGAGGAACACACACACACACACAUACAGUGAAAAGGGUUGUACCUGUUAAUCCAAAGACACUGAAGGAAUAGAGGUAAGAGCCCCUUUCUUAGCCUGUGUGGUAAAAUAUAUUAUUCUUUGUAUCUGUUUAGGUUCCCAUCAAUGACACUAACACCCAGUUUGUGGAGCAGACCAUCGCCAUCAUGAAGAACCUACUGGACAACCACACUGAGGGCAGCUCAGAGCACCUGGGACAGGCCAGCAUAGAGACCAUGAUGCUCAACCUGGUCAGGUAAAUGUCUCAGCUUCUCUCCUCCUGUCCUCUCCUCCAUGGCAUGCCGACCCUGGACUAUGAGCUGGUGAGCUGCUGUGAGCCCACUGCCCACUCUCAUUCUCCCCAUGCCCUGUGUUGUGUUGGCAGGUACGUGCGUAUCCUGGGCAACAUGGUGCAUGCCAUCCAGAUGAAGACCAAGCUGUGCCAGCUGGUGGAGGUGAUGAUGGAGAGACGAGACGAGCUGUCCUUCUGCCAGGAGAUGAAGUUCAGGUGAGAGAUCGAGACGACCUGUCCAUCUGCCAGGAGAUAAAGUUCAGGUGAGAGAUCGAGACGACCUGUCCAUCUGCCAGGAGACAAAGUUCAGGUGAGAGAUCGAGACGACCUGUUCUUCUGCCAGGAGAUGAAGUUCAGGUGAGAAUGUCCUCCUUGAGUCUAGACUGUCAGUCAAACAUGUACUGUCCAGGUUUACUGCUACAUAUCGACUGAUACGGAGUAAUACAAAGACCAUGUCAUUGAGUUUACACACAGUAAAUGAAUGUCAUUUGUCGCUGACAGGAAUAAGAUGGUGGAGUACCUGACAGACUGGGUGAUGGGCACCUCAAACCAGGCGGCUGAUGAUGACGUCAAGUGUCUUACCAGGUACUGUACUACUACCCCCUGCUUGGAUUGUACCCCCCCCCCCACAUCAUCACAGAGCUGAUAUGACCUUGACCUCUUACAUUUGUGUUUUAAGAUGGCACUGGGAUGUAUAGCCACUGUUUUACGGGCUCCUGACCAAUACUGCUAUUUUGUGUGUUUUUUUUUUUUAACUUUUUUUUCUACAUAAUGUUUCCGCCAUCGCUUCUUAUGACCGAAAAUAGCUUCUGGACAUCAGAACAGCAAUCACUCACCUCGAUCUGGACAAAGACUUCUACUUCAAUGAGUGCACAGGACAUACUGCUCACCUCGGACCAGGCCCUAAUCCCCGACACUCGGAAGAGGAAAAAACGUUGCUAUAGAGGACACCGUGCGGGCACAUUGAUGAGACUACGUUGACGAGUGACUAAACCGCCCCUACCCUCUGUUCUAUUUGCGAAUGUGCAAUCGCUGGAGAACAAACUGGACAAGCUCCGUUCGAGACUAUCCUAUCAACGGGACAUUGUGAACUGUAAUAUACUAUGCUUUUCAGAGUCAUGGCUGAACAAGGACAUAUAUGCAGUUAGCUGGGUUUUUCAUGCAUCGGCAGGACAGAACAGCAGCGUCCGGUAAGAUCCGUGGGAGUAGGGUGUCUCUUUGUCAACAAAGACAGGUGCGCAGUCUCUAAUAUAAGGAAGUCUCAAGGUUCUGCUCGCCUGAGUUAGAAUACGUCGUGAUAAGCUGUAGACCAUACUAUUUACCAAGGGUUUUCAUCUAUAUUUUUCUUAGCUGUCUAUUUACCACCACAAACUGAUGCUGGCACUAAGACCCCACUCAACGAGCUGUAUAGGGCCAUAAGCCAACAAGAAAAUGCUCAUCCAGAGGCAGCGCUCCUAGUGGCCGGUGAUUUUAAUGCAGGAAAACUGAAAUCCGUUUUACUAAUUUCUACCAACAUGUCACCUGUAAAACUAGAGAAAAAAAACUCUAGAUCACCUUUACACCACACACAGUGAUGCAUACAACACUCUCUCUAGCCCUCCAUUUGUUAAAUCUGACCAUAACUCUAUCCUCCUGAUUCCUGCUUACAAGCAAAAACUCAAACAGGAAGCACCAGUGACGCUCUCAAUGCGGAAGUGGUCCGAUGAAGUGCAUUGAUGACGUCGUCCUCACAGUGACUGUACGUACAUAUCCCAACAAGAAGCCAUGAAUUACAGGCAACAAUCCGGACGCUUAUAAGAAAUCCUGCUACGCCCUGCGACGAACCAUCAAACAGGCAAAGCAUCAAUACUGGACUAAGAUCGAAUCCUACUACACCGGCUCUGACGCUCGUCGGAUGUGGCAGGGCUUGCAAACUAGCCCGGAAUACAAAGGGAAACCCAGCCGAGAGCUGCCCAGUAACGCGAGCCUACCAGACGAGCUAAAUGCCUUUUAUGCUCGCUUCGAGGCAAGCAACACUGAACCAUGCACUGAACCCAACAGCACCAGCUGUUCUGGAUGACUGUGUGAUCACGCUGUCCGUAGCCAAUGUGAGUAAGACUUUUAAACGCGUUAGCAUUCAGACGGAUUACCAGGAAGCGUACUCAGAGCAUGCGCUGACCAGCUGGCAAGUGUCUUCACUGACUUUUUCAACGUCUCACUGACCCAGUCUGUAAUACCUACAUGUUUCAAGCAGAACACCAUAGUCCCUGUGUCCAAGAACGCCAAGGUAACCUGUCUAAAAGACUACCGCCCUGUAGCACUCACAUCUGUAGCCAUGAAAUGCUUUGAAAGGCUCACAUCAACACCAUCAUCCCAGAAACCCUGGACACACUCCAAUUUGCAUACCGCCCAAACAGAUCCACAGAUGAAGCAGUCUCUAUUGCACUCCACACUGCCCUGUCCCACCUGGACAAAAGGAACACCUACAUCCGACCACAAGGUACUACAGAGGGUAAUGCGUAAUGCCCAGUACAUCACUGGUGUCGAACUCCAAGCCAUAAGUUAACCAAAUAGCUACCUGGACUAUCUGCAUUGACCCUUUUUGCACUAACUCUUUUUGACUCUAUGCGCACACACACUGGACUCUACCCACACACUUGCACAUACUGACACUCCAACACACACACUCACUCACACAUAACACGUACACACAGGCAAACAUUUGCCACACACACACUUUCACACUCCCACACACGCGGCUGCUACUGUCUAUUAUCUAUCCUGUUGCCUAGUCACUUUACCCCUACCUAUACAGUAUGUACAUAUCUACCUCAAUUUCCUAGUACCCCUGCACAUUUACUCGGUACUGGUACCCCAUGUUUAAAUAGCCAAGCUAUCAUUGCUCUUUGUAUUUAUUCCUCGUGUUAAUAAAUAUAUAUAUAUAUACAGAAGAAGUCGGAAGUUUACAUACACCUUAGCCAAAUACAUUUAAACUCAGUUUUUCACAAUUCCUGACAUUUAAUCCUAGUAAAAAUUAUGUGUCUUAGGUCAGUUAGGAUCACCACUUCAUUUUAAGAAUGUGAAAUGUCAGAAUAAUAGUAGAGAGAGUGAUUUAUUUCAGCUUUUAUUUCUUUCAUCACAUUCCCAGUGGGUCAGAAGUUUACAUACAAUCAAUUAGUAUUUGGUAGCAUUGCCUUUAAAUUGUUUAACUUGGGUCAAACGUUUCGGGUAGCCUUCCACAAGCUUCCCACAAUAAGUUGGGUGAAUUUUGGCCCAUUCCUCCUGACAGAGCUGGUGUAACUGAGUCAGGUUAGUAGGCCACCUUGCUCGCACACACUUUUUCAGUUCUGCCCACAAAUGUUUUAUAGGAUUGAGGUCAGGGCUUUGUGAUGGCCACUCCAAUAGCUUGACUUUGUUGUCCUUAAGCCAUUUUGCCACAACUUUGGAAGUAUGCUUGGGGUCAUUGUCCAUUUGGAAGACCCAUUUGCGACCAAGCUUUAACUUCCUGACUGAUGUCUUGAGAUGUUGCUUCAAUAUCCACAUAAUUUUCCUUCCACAUGAUGCCAUCUAUUUUGUGAAGUGCACCAGUCCCUCAUACAGCAAAGCACCCCCACAUCAUGAUGCUGCCACCCCCGUGCUUCACGGUUGAGAUGGUGUUCUUCGGCUUGCAAGCGCCCCCUUUUUCCUCCAGACAUAACGAUGGUCAUUAUGGCCAAACAGUUCUAUUUUUGUUUCAUCAGACCAGAGGACAUUUCUCCAAAAAGUACAAUCUUUGUCCCCAUGUGCAGUUGCAAACCGUAGUCUGGCUUGUUUAUGGCGGUUUUGAAGCAGUGGCUUCUUCCUUGCUGAGCGGCCUUUCAGGUUAUGUCGAUAUAAGACUAGUUUUACUGUGGAUAUAGAUAUUUUUGUACCUGUUUCCUACAGCAUCUUCACAAGGUCCUUUGCUGUUGUUCUGGGAUUGAGUUGCACUUUUCGCACCAAAGUGCGUUCAUCUCUAGGAGACAGAACGUGUCUCCUUCCUGAGCGGUAUGAUGGCUGCGUGGUCCCAUGGUGUUUAUACUUGCGUACUAUUGUUUGUACAGAUGAACGUGGUACCUUCAGGCGUUUGGAAAUUGCUCCCAAGGAUGAACCAGACUUGUGGAGGUCUACAAUAUUUUUUCUGAGGUCUUGGCUGAUUUCUUUUGAUUUUCCCAUGAUGUCAAGCAAAGAGGCACUGAGUUUGAAGGUAGGCCUUGAAAUACCUCCACAGGUACACCUCCAAUUGACUCAAAUGAUGUCAAUUAGCCUAUCAGAAGCUUCUAAAGGCAUGACAUCAUUAUCUGGAAUUUUCCAAGCUGUUUAAAGGCACAGUCAACUUAGUGUAUGUAAACUUCUGACCCACUGGAAUUGUGAUACAGUGAAUUAUAAGUGAAAUAAUCUGUCUGUAAACAAUUGUUGGAAAAAUUACUUGUCAUGCACAAAGUAGAUGUCCUAACCCACUUGCCAAAACUAAGAAAUUUGUGGAGUGGUUGAAAAACGAGUUUUAAUGUUUUAAUGACUCUAACCUAAGUGUAUGUAAACUUCCGACUUCAACUGUGUGUAUAUGUGUAUAUAUAUAUACAGCUGUGGAAAAAAUUAAGAGACCACUGCAAAUGUUUCUUAAAUCAGCAUCUCUACAUGUAUGACAGCCAUUCCAUUCCAGUGUCUGUUGAAUUCCAACACAGGCACACCUCAUUCUAAUGAAUUAGGUACUGAUUAGGUGAUCACCGGAACCAAAUCUUAUUUAACGAGGAAAAGUAUAAAAACCACUGCUGUGGUCAUCACUAUCAUCUUGCAAUAGGACCAGCUGGAUGGCAAAAACAGUGCUAAUAGUACCUCAAAAGUAAUAUUAAUCAAAAAAUAACUAUUGAGUUGAAAAGGAAAGUUUUGAGUGAGGAAAAGAAGGGUUCAAUUCUGGCUUUGCUGGCAGAGGGAUAGAGUGAGCGUCAGGUUGCUUCCAUCCUUAACAUUUCAAAGAUGGCGGUUCAUAAGAACAAGGUCAAGCAGCAGACAUUGGGGACAACAAAGCUACAGACCGGCAGAGGGCGAAAACGACUCUCUACAGACCGGGAUGACCGCCAACUAAUUCGAAUGUCACUCAACAACCGUAGGAUGACAUCAAGUGACCUACAAAAAGAAUGGCAAACGGCAGCUGGGAAGAAGUGCACGGCGAGGACGGUUUGAAACAGGCUCCUAGGGGCAGGGCUGAAGUUGUGCAAAGCUAGAAAAAAGCCCUUCAUCAAUGAUAAGCAAAGAAGAGCCAGGCUGAGGUUUGCACAAGACCAUAAGGAUUGGACCGUAGAGGACUGGAGUAAGGUCAUCUUCUCUGAUGAGUCCAAUUUUCAGCUUUGCCCAACACCUGGUCGUCUAAUGGUUAGACCUGGAGAGACCUGGAGACGUGGAGAGGCCUACAAGCCACAGUGUUUCGCACCCACUGUGAAAUUUUGUGGAGGAUCGGUGAUGAUCUGGUGGUGCUUCAGCAAGGCUGGAAUCGGGCAGAUUUGUCUUUGUGAAGGACGCAUGAAUCAAGCCACGUACAAGGUUGUCCUGGAAGGAAAGUUGCUUCCUUUUGCUCUGACAUUGUUCCCCAACUCUGAGGAUUGGUUUUUCCAGCAGGACAAUGUGCCAUGCCACACAGCCAGGUCAAUCAAGGUGUGGAUGGAGGACCACCAGAUCAAGACCCUGUCAUGGCCAGCCCAAUCUCUAGACCUGAACCCCAUUGAAAACUUCUGGAAUGUGAUCAAGAGGAAGAUGGAUGGUCACAAGCCAUCAAACAAAGCCGAGCUGCUUGAAUCUUUGCGCCAGGGGUGGCAUAAAGUCACCCAACAUCAAUGUGAAAGACUGGUGGAGAGCAUACCAAGAUGCAUGAAAGCUGUGAUUGAAAAUCAGGGUUAUUCCACCAAAUAUUGAUUUCUGAACUCUUCCUAAGUUAAAACAUUAGUAUUGUGUUGUUUAAAUAUGAACAUGAACUUAUUUUCUUUGCAUUAUUCGAGGUCUGACAACACUGCAUAUUUUUUGUUAUUUUGACCAGUUGUCAUUUUCUACAAAUAAAUGCUCUAAAUGACCAUAUUUUUGGGGGGAAUUUGGGAGAAAUGUUGUCAGUAGUUUAUAGAAUAAAACAAAAAUGUUUUUUUUUAACCAAACACAUACCUAUAAAUAGUAAAACCAGAGAAACUGAUAAUUUUGCAGUGGUCUCUUAAUUUUUUCCAGAGCUGUAUAUACAGUCGUGGUCAAACGUUUUGAGAAUGACACAAAUAUUAAUUUUAAUAAAGUCUGCUGCCUCAGUUUUUAUGAUGGCAAUAUGCAUAUACUCCAGAAUGUUAUGAAGAGUGAUCAGAUGAAUUGCAAAGUCCCUCUUUGCUAUGAAAAUUAACUUAAUCCCCAAAAAACAUUUCCACUGCAUUUCAGCCCUACCACAAAAGGACCAGCUGACAUCAUGUCAGUGAUUCUCUCGUUAACACAGGUGAGAGUGUUGACGAGGACAAGGCUGGAGAUCACUCUGUCAUGCUGAUUGAGCUAGAAUAACAGACUGGAAGCUUAAAAGGAGGGUGGUGCUUGAAAUCAUUGUUCUUCCUCUGUUAACCAUGGUUACCUGCAAGGAAACACAUGCCGUCAUCAUUGCUUUGCACAAAAAGGGCUUCACAGGCAAGGAUAUUGCUGCUAGUAAGAUUGCACCUAAAUCAACCAUUUAUCGGAUCAUCAAGAACUUCAAGGAGAGAGGUUCAAUUGUUGUGAAGAAGGUGUCAGGGUGCCCAAGAAAGUCCAGCAAGCGCCAGGACCGUCUCCUAAAAGUUUAUUCAGCUGCGGGAUCGGGGCACCACCAGUGCAGAGCUUGCUCAGGAAUGGCAGCAGGCAGGUGUGAGUGCAUCUGCACGCAUAGUGAGGCGAAGACAUUUGGAGGAUGGCCUGGUGUCAAGAAGGGCAGCUCUGAUGAAUCCCCUUUCCGAUUGUUUGGGGCAUCCGGAAAAAAGCUUGUCCGGAGAAGACAAGGUGAGCGCUACCAUCAGUCCUGUGUCAUGCCAACAGUAAAGCAUCCUGAGACCAUUCAUGUGUGGGGUUGCUUCUCAGCCAAGGGAGUUGGCUCACUCACAAUUUUGCCUAAGAACACAGCCAUGAAUAAAAAAUGGUUACCAACCUCAGAGAGCAACUUCUCCCAACCAUCCAAGAACAGUUUGGUGACGAACAAUGCCUUUUCCAGCAUGAUGGAGCACCUUGCCAUAAGGCAAAAGUGAUAACUAAGUGGCUCGGGGAACAAAACAUCGACAUUUUGGGUCCAUGGCCAGGAAAUUCCCCAGACCUUAAUCCCAUUGAGAAUUUGUGGUCAAUCCUCAAGAGGCGGGUGGACAAACAAAACCCCACAAAUUCUGACUAACUCCAUGCAUUGAUUAUGCAAGAAUGGGCUGCCAUCAGUCAGGAUGUGGCCCAGAAGUUAAUUGACAGCAUGCCAGGGUGGAUUGCAGAGGUCUUGAAAAAGAAGGGUCAACACUGCAAAUAUUGACUCUUUGCAUAAACAUAAUGUAAUUGUCAAUAAAAACCUUUGACACUUAUGGAAUGCUUGUAAUUAUACUUCAGUAUACCAUAGUAACAUCUGACAAAAAUAUCUAAAAACACUGGAGCAGCAAACUUUGUGAAUACCAAUACUUGUGUCAUUCUCAAAACUUUUGACCACGUGUGUGUGUGUAUGUAUAUAUGUAUGUACAGUGGGGGAAUAAAAUAUUUAGUUAGCCACCAAUUGUGCAAGUUCUCCCACUUUAAAAGAUGAGAGAGGCCUGUAAUUUUCAUCAUAGGUACACGUCAACUAUGACAGACAAAUUGAGAAAACAAAAUCCAGAAAAUCACAUUGUAGGAUUUUUAAUGAAUGUAUUUGCAAAUUAUGGUGGAAAAUAAGUAUUUGGUCACCUACAAACAAGCAAGAUUUCUGUCUCUCUCAGACCUGUAACUUCUUCUUUAAGAGGCUCCUCUGUCCUCCACUCGUUACCUGUAUUAAUGGCACCUGUUUGAACUUCUUUAUAACUAUCAGUAUAAAAGACACCUGUCCACAACCUCAAACAGUCACACUCCAAACUCCACUAUGGCCAAGACCAAAGAGCUGUCAAAGGACACCAGAAACAAAAUUGUAGACCUGCACCAGGCUGGGAAGACUGAAUCUGCAAUAGGUAAGCAGCUUGGUUUGAAGAAAUCAACUGUGGGAGCAAUUAUUAGGAAAUGGAAGACAUACAAGACCACUGAUAAUCUCCCUCGAUCUGGGGCUCCACGCAAGAUCUCACCCCAUGGGGUCAAAAUGAUCACAAGAACGGUGAGCAAAAAUCCCAGAACCACACGGGGGGACCUAGUGAAUGACCUGCAGAGAGCUGGGACCAAAGUAACAAAGCCUACCAUCAGUAACACACUACGCCGCCAGGGACUCAAAUCGUGCAGUGCCAGACGUGUCCCCCUGCUUAAGCCAGUACAUGUCCAGGCCCGUCUGAAGUUUGCUAGAGUGCAUUUGGAUGAUCCAGAAGAAUAUUGGGAGAAUGUCAUAUGGUCAGAUGAAACCAAAAUUGAACUUUUUGGUAAAAACUCAACUCGUCGUGUUUGGAGGACAAAGAAUGCUGAGUUGCAUCCAAAGAACACCAUACCUACUGUGAAGCAUGGGGUGGAAACAUCAUGCUUUGGGGCUGUUUUUCUACAAAGGGACCAGGACGACUGAUCCGUGUAAAGGAAAGAAUGAAUGGGGCCAUGUAUCGUGAGAUUUUGAGUGAAAACCUCCUUCCACCAGCAAGGGCAUUGAAGAUGAAACGUGGCUGGGUCUUUCAGCAUGACCCCAAUGAUCCCAAACACACCGCCCGAGCAACGAAGGAGUGGCUUCGUAAGAAGCAUUUCAAGGUCCUGGAGUGGCCUAGCCAGUCUCCAGAUCUCAACCCCAUAGAAAAUCUUUGGAGGGAGUUGAAAGUCCGUGUUGCCCAGCGACAGCCCCAAAACAUCACUGCUCUAGAGGAGAUCUGCAUGGAGGAAUGGGCCAAAAUAUCAGCAACAGUGUGUGAAAACCUUGUGAAGACUUACAGAAAACGUUUGACCUGUGUCAUUGCCAACAAAGGGUAUAUAACAAAGUAUUGAGAAACUUUUGUUAUUGACCAAAUACUUAUUUUCCACCAUAAUUUGCAAAUAAAUUCAUUAAAAAUCCUAUAAUGUCAUUUUCUGGAUUUUUUUUUCUCAUUUUGUCUGUCAUAGUUGACGUGUACCUAUGAUGAAAAUUACAGGCCUCUCUCAUCUUUUUAAGUGGGAGAACUUGCACAAUUGGUGGCUGACUAAAUACUUUUUUCCCCCACUAUAUGUGUGUCUUUAUAUGUUUUGUUUUUUUUAUCUGCUUUGUUGGGAAGUAAGCAUUUCACUGUUAGUCUACACCUGUUGUUUACGAAGCAUGUGAAAUUAAAAUGUGAUUUGAUGUGACCUCUGUGACCUCUAACCCCUGACCUAUGCUUUGUGCUGUGUGAUAUACAGGGACCUGGACCAGGCCAGUAUGGAGGCGGUGGUGUCUCUGCUAGCUGGCCUGCCCCUCCAGCCUGAGGAGGGAGACGGAGUGGAACUGAUGGAGGCCAAGUCCCAGCUCUUCCUCAAGUACGCCAGCUAUCCUCUCUUUACUCACUAUACUAUUGCAGUUCAUUAGUUAUGCAAUGUGGCUUACAUCAUAAUAAUACCAAAAGAUAAAGAGUAGAGUAUCUUUCUCCUCCUCCUCCCAGGUACUUCACCCUGUUCAUGAACCUGCUGAAUGACUGCAGUGAGGUAGAGGAUGAUGGGCAGCAGGUGGCAGGGAGGAAGAGGGGCAUGUCUCGACGCCUGGCCUCUCUCAGACACUGCACCGUCCUGGCCAUGUCCAACCUCCUCAACGCCAACGUGGACAGUGGCCUCAUGCACUCCAUCGGUCAGUCUGGAAACCUAACAUAGGAACUUAUCGGGAAUGAGGCUUAGGCUCACUCUUUGGUUGGCUUCUUCAUGUUUAAAGUGCCCAACAUGCGAAAUAAGAUUAAUAGUGGAAGUGGCUUUAAUUGGAUCUCUGUUGAUUACAUCUAAUUCAUCAUUAGUGUAGGAUCGUUAAAACAAUACUUGCCCAUGGUCAAUGUUCUUCCCUCUUGUCCCACUUAGAGAGAAAUGUAUGAUAAUCUUACCUAUCUCCCGCUUUCUCUGUGUGUAGGUCUGGGCUACCAUAAGGACCUGCAGACGCGGGCCACCUUCAUGGAGGUGCUGACUAAGAUCCUGCAGCAGGGGACAGAGUUUGACACACUGGCAGAGACAGUGCUGGCUGACCGGUUUGAAAGGCUGGUAGAGCUGGUCACCAUGAUGGGAGACCAGGGAGAGCUGCCUAUUGCCAUGGCACUGGCCAAUGUAGUGCCCUGCUCCCAGUGGGUAUGUAGCCUAUUCACCACCCCCUGUCCUUUCUCUGUGACGUGACAUCUUGACAUUUAUAUUAGAUCUGGGGGUGUAAAUGGAGUAACAUUUUAAAGCAAAUAGUGUUCAUACUGUUUUAGCUUAUAUUACACCACUGUACCACGCUAUAUGAAUAUGAAUGAAUGUGUCAGUGUUGUGUUAGUGAUGUGUAGAUUGUAGGUGUCCGAGUGUGAGCUGUGUCAGUAACAAUGUGACCUCUGUUAGUAACAGUUAUUUUUUUCCCUCCUGUCCCCUGUCAGGAUGAGCUGGCACGGGUUCUGGUGACUCUGUUUGACUCGCGCCACCUCCUCUACCAGUUGCUGUGGAACAUGUUCUCCAAGGAGGUGGAGCUUGCUGACUCCAUGCAGACACUUUUCAGAGGAAACAGUCUGGCCAGUAAAAUCAUGACCUUCUGCUUUAAGGUACACAACAUGACAGGCUGGGUGCCCAGUCUUGUCCUGCUCAACCCAGGCAUGAAAAUGUGGUCAAGCUAUUUUACAGCUAUGCAAAAUACCCCUGCUAUCUGACAAAGGUCAUGACACACUAUGUGGUUUUUGGCUUUCAAAUAAGCAUGGUGCCUGCUUUCUAAAAUGUUAGUUUCGAGUUUCACAAUGUGUUUGUGUAUCCACCCCUCUUUCUGCUGUGUUUCAGGUGUAUGGGGCCACGUACCUCCAGAAGCUUCUAGAGCCUCUUCUCAGAGGGGUCAUCACCGCCCCAGAGUGGCAGCUCAUCAGCUUCGAGGUGGACCCCACCAGGUACCCCACCCCCUGACCCCACAGACACCACACCAACACAUUCACUCAUUCACCCACUUUGUUUUCCAGCUGUACUAUUUAAACCAAGGCAGCCCCCUCCCUACCAUCUUAGAUUAUUUAUUUGUAUUUAUUUUUGCAACAUGGAAGAAGAGUUGUAUGCUCCCUGACCUGUUGCAUUGUCCAAUGCUCUCUUGUCGUCUCUGGUUUUGGCUGGUUCUGUGUCUCCGGCUGCAGGCUCGAGCAGAGUGAGAUCCUGGAGGAGAACCAGAGGAACCUGCUGCAGAUCACCAACCGCUUCUUUCUGGCCAUCAUCAACUCAUCCACAGAAUUCCCCCCUCAGCUGCGCAGUGUCUGUCACUGCCUGUUCCAGGUACAUAUGAGGCUGCACACCUCAACUGCCAACUCCAACCCACUCCACAGGCUGUAAACCCCCAUCUUAACGGACAGGGUUCCAUUUAUUUGAGGAUUUAAACUUUUUCUGCAAUGGCCACCAUUAUGUUUUCACAAUGUUUUCAGGGUGGUUAUUUUGAACAAGGUAAAUGUACAGUACCAGUCAAAAGUUUGGACACACCUACUCAUUCCAGGGUUUGUCUUUAUUUUUACUAUUUUCUACAUUGUAGAAUAAUAGUGAAGACAUCAAAACUAUGAAAUAACACAUAUGGAAUCAUGUAGUAACCAAAAGAGUGUUAAACAAAUCAAAAUAUAUUUUAUAUUUGAGAUUCUUCAAAGUAGCCACCCUUUGCCUUGAUGACAGCUUUGCACACUCUUGGCAUUCUCUCAACCAGCUUCAUGAGGUAGUCACCUGGAAUGCAUUUUAAUUAACAGGUGUGCCUUGUUAAAAGUUAAUUUGUGGAAUUUCUUUCCUUAAUGCAUUUGAGCCAAUCAGUUGUGUUGUGACAAGGUAGGGGGGGUAUACAGAAGAUAGCCCUAUUUGGUAAAAGACCAAGUCCAUAUUAUGUCAAUAACCGCUCAAAUAAGCAAAGCGAAAUGACAGUCCAUCAUUACUUUAAGACAUGAAGGUCAGUCACUCCGGAAAAUUUCAAGAACUUUGAAAGUUUCUUCAAGUGCAGUCGCAAAAACCAUCAAGCACUAUGAUGAAACUGGCUCUCAUGAAGACCGCCACAGGAAAGGAAGACCCAGAGUUACCUCUGCUGCAGAGGAUAAGUUAAUUAGAGUUAACUGCACCUCAGAUUGCAGCCCAAAUAAAUGCUUCACAGAGUUCAAGUAACAGACACAUCUCAACAUCAACUGUUCAGAGGAGACGGUGUGAAUCAGGCCUUCAUGGUCGAAUUGCUGCAAAGAAACCACUACUAAAGGCCACCAAUAAUAAGAAGAGACUUGCUUGGACCAAGAAAUACGAGCAAUGGACAUUGGACCGGUGGAAAUCUGUCCUUUGGUCUGAUGAGUCCAAAUUUGAGAUCUUUGGUUCCAACCGCUGUGUCUUUGUGAGACGCAGAGUAGGUGAACGGAUGAUAUCUGCAUGUGUAUUUCACACCGUAAAGCAUGGAGGAGGAGGUUUUAUGGUGUGGGGGUGCUUGGCUGGUGACACUGUCAGUGAUUUAUUUAGAAUUCAAGGCACACUUAACCAGCAUGGCUACCACAGCAUUCUGCAGCGAUACGCCAUCCCAUCUGAUUUGCGCUUAGUGGGACUAUCAUUUGUUUUUCAACAGGACAAUGACCCAAAACAUAUCUCCAGGCUGUGUAAGGGCUAUUUGACCAAAGAGAGUGAUGGAGUGCUGCAUCAGAUGACCUGGCCUCCACAAUCACCCGACUUCAACCCAAUUGAGAUGGUUUGGGAUCAGUUGGACCGCAGAGUGAAGGAAAAGCAGCCAACAAGUGCUCAGCAUAUGUGGGAACUCCUUCAAGACUGUUGGAAAAUAUUCCUCAUGAAGCUGGUUGAGAGAAUGCCAAGAGUGUGCAAAGCUGUCAUCAAGGCAAAGGGUGGUUAUUUGAAGAAUCUCAAAUAUAAAAUAUAUUUUGAUUUGUUUAACACUUUUUUUGGUUACUACGUGAUUCCAUAUGUGUUAUUUCAUAGUGUUGAUGUCUUCACUAUUAUUCUACAAUGUAGAAAAUAGUGAAAAUAAAGAAAAACCCUUGAAUGAGUAGGUGUGUCCAAACCUUUAACUGGUACUGCACAUUAAAAGGUAAGAUUUGCACUUUUGUGCAGUGUCUGUAUAUGAAUGUAGUAGUAUUUGUGCAGUGCGUGUUUGUGGUGUGUGUGUUUGUCGUGACUUUUUUUGUGCCCAUCUCUGUUCUGUAGGCAACUUGCCACUCUCUACUGAAUAAAGCCACAGUUAAAGAGAAAAAGGAAAGCAAAAAAGCAGUAAGUUCAGAGAACGUUCUCCCUAGCCACUCUCUUGAAAGAAAGGGAAAGUCAUUCACCCUCUUGCUGCUCUAUCACCUUAAACUACUUUAUACUCCCGCCCUCCUUACAAUCCUCACCUGAAAUCCCACUACUAAUACUUUUACUUCCAAAUGAGUUGAUCUGGAUUUGAAUGUACGCUCACCACAAACAAACUGGUGGCACUGGUGAAACUACAGUAUUCCUAUCCACUGCUCCUCUGGGCUGUUACUGGUGUGGGCUGUGGGGUUUUGGGGUUGGUGUUGAAAGGAGUUUGGGAGUCGAUGAUAACAGGCUCAUGUUGCAGAUGGUCAAGGAGCACUUUGGCACAUAGUUGUGCUGUGCUACUCGGUAUCCUGAGAUCCACUCUCAUGGAAUUUGGAACCAACAUAGUGUCUUAAUAGGGCGUUGAGCCACCACAAGCCGCCAGAACAGCUUCAAUGCGCCUUGGCAUAGGUUCUACAAGUGUCUGGAACUCUGUUGGAGGGAUGCGACACCAUUCUUCCAUGAGAAAUUUCAUUAUUUGGUGUUUUGUUGAUGGUGGUGGAAAACGCUGUCUCAGGCGCCGCUCCAGAAUCUCCCAGAAGUUUUCAAUUGGUUAGCGAUCUGGUGACUUGAGACACACACACGCACGUUUGUUUUACUGUCCUUGUGGGGACCAAAACAUUUAUUCCUAUUUAAAAUCCUAUUUUCCCUAACCCUUAACCUAACCCAGGGUUUCCCAAACUCUGUCCUUGGGACCCCAAGGGGUGCACGUUUCGGUUUUUGACCUAGCACUACACAGCUGAUUCAAAUAAUCAACUAAUCAUCAAGCUUUGUCAGAGGAAGGCCCUAAAAUUGUCAAAGACUCCAGCCACCCUAGUCAUAGACUGUUCUCUCUGCUACCGCACGGCAAGCAUUACCGGAGCGCCAAGUCUAGGUCCAAAAGGCUUCUAAACAGCUUCUACCCCCAAGUCAUAAGAGUCCUGAACAUCUAAUCAUAUACAGGUACCCCCUGUAUAUAGCCUUGCUAUUGUUAUUUUUACUGCUGCUCUUUCAUUAUUUGUUACUUUUAUUUCUUAUUAUUUUAUAUUGUAUUUUUUGUGUGAAUUUUUUUGGUAUUCUUUCUUAAAACUGCAUUGUUGGUUAAGGGCUUGUAAGUAAGCAUUUCACUGUAAGGUCUACACCUGUUGUAUUCAGCGCAUGUGACAAAUACAAUUUGAUUUGAUUUGAAUCAGCUGUGUAGUGUUAGGGCAAAAACCAAAACGUGGUGUUGAAAGGAGUUUGGGGGUCGACGUUGCAGAUGGUCAAGGAGGACUUUGUUCCAUAGUUGUGCUGUGCGACUCAGUAUCCUGGGAUCCACACCGCUUUUUGGAAAGCGCUCAUGGAAUUUGUAACUCUCUUGUGAAGACCUAAGGCUUUCUCUGAAGUUCAUUACUAGCUACGUUUCACAGUGCAGAAAGACCUCCACACCCUCAGUUCUCUAUACUGCAUUUACUGUAUCUGAAAUGAACAAUGUAGUGAGCUAGCAGCCUAUUGUUGUGCAUCCCUCAUAGGUGGAUGUCAUAUUGGCAUGAUAGUUAAAAUUGCUAGCGGUCAAUAUCCUGUGUUGAUGGGACUGGGUAAGCUGUAGAGGCCUGGUCAUUGGCUGACCUUUCAAAGCAAUCUAAUACUGCACAUCAUUAAUGACAGCUUGUGUUAUUCCAGCAGCAAUGAAACAAUACUUUUCAUUAGGUUGCAUUAUCUUACAGCCUAGUAUUUCCACUGCUGCAAUCUCCCUAUUAAAACACACUUGUGUUAAAACUGUUAACAUUUUAGUAUGCAGAACGUUUGAUCAAUUCAGGGCAUUGAUUUAAUUAAACAUCGCCUAGCGUUUUUUCAUAAGCAUACAGUAUCAUGUCUACCCUAGUAGUUAGGACUGGUCUAAGAUUCUCCUCCCCCUUUUCAAGAUUUCCAGGUACCUUGCUUUCCUUUUUAAUCUCUAACUCAGUUUUGAAGCGGGCCUAGUGGUGUGAAUGAGGUUUGGAGGUGAUGAUGUUGGCAUCUUGUCCUCUAGACUGUGGCAUACUUUGUCUCCCUCCCCACUCUCCACCCUGCACUCUUUCUACCCCUCUAUCUUCUCCAACCCAUGCCCUCUCCUCCUCUCCCUCUCUCUAACAAUGAAUCAUCCCCCGUUCUUACCAUCCCUCCAACACCCUCACACACACAGGUGGUCAGCCAGCGUUUCCCCCAGAACAGCAUAGGGGCGGUGGGCAGUGCCAUGUUCCUGCGUUUUAUCAACCCUGCCAUAGUGUCGCCCUACGAGGCAGGCAUCCUGGAUAAGAAACCUCCUCCCAGGAUAGAGAGGGGCCUGAAGCUCAUGUCCAAGGUAAGAGGACACGAUACCCAGGCCACAUAUACAAAGGUGAUAUGGCUUAAUAAUAUGCUAUAUUCUUUUUGAGGAUCUGGCCUUGUUGUUGACAAGGUUUUAUUUUUCUCUUACAGAUCCAGCAGAGCAUUGCCAACCAUGUUUUAUUCACCAAAGAGGAGCACAUGAGGCCUUUUAAUGACUUUGUCAAAAGCAACUUUGAUGCAGCUAGAAGGUAUGAUAACAGAAGGAUCUCUUCCCUCUCUGAGAAUACAUUGAUAUGUAUUGGAUGUUUUCACUGGAUACUAAUUACCCUAGCAGGUUUAGCUAAAUCUUGUUCCUUUUACCUAUGUGUUGUAGGUUUUUCCUGGACAUUGCAUCAGACUGUCCUGCCAGUGACUCAGUCAACCACAGUCUGUCCUUCAUCAGUGAUGGCAAUGUUCUGGCCCUGCACCGGCUGCUGUGGAACAACCAGGAGAAGAUAGGACAGUACCUCUCCAGCAACAGGUGAGUGGGCAGAAUGGAACAAACAGAGAUGGUCUGUUGUAUGGCUUAGAUGUUAUAAGAGAUAAGUAAGAUAUUUUACAUAACGCAGAUCUUUAGGAUAAACAACAACCCAUCUCACAGGAGGUUUUGUUUGAUACUAUAGUACACCUCUGUACCUGAUGCAUGUGGCAGAUGUGUAUCAGAGAGUAGACUUGAUGUUAUUGUAACCUCUGAAUAUAUUGCUAACCUCUUCGUUGUUCUUCAUCAGGGAUCAUAAGGCAGUGGGAAGACGGCCUUUUGACAAGAUGGCCACCCUCCUGGCCUACCUGGGGCCCCCAGAGCACAAACCUGUGGCUGACACCCACUGGUCCAGCCUCAACCUCACCAGCUCCAAGUUUGAAGAGUUUAUGACAAGGUACAUACAUCAAGUUACUAUUAAUUACAUACAGGUAACUGCCAAAAUAAAGGAAACACCAACAUAGUGUCUUAAUAGGGCAUUGGGCCAGAACAGCUUCAAUGCACCUUGGCAUAGAUUCUACAAUUGUCUGGAACUCUAUUGGUGGGAUGUGACACCAUUCUUUCGUGAGAAAUUCCACAAUUUGUUGUUUUGCUGAUGGAGGUGUAAAACGCUGUCUCAGGCGCCGCUCCAGAAUCUCCCAUAAUUGUACAAUUGGGUUGAGAUCUGGUGACUGAGACACACACACACCCUUUAAGCCCCCUAUGCUCCUUUGAGACCCCUCUUUCAAAGUUACUAAGAUCUCUUCUAGCCAUGGUAGGCAAAAUAAUGGGCAACUGGGCAGGCAUUUUUAUACAGUACAUGACCCUAAGCAUGGGAUGUUAAUAGCUUAAUUAACUCAGGAACCACACCUGUGUGGAAGCACAUGCUUUCAAUAUACGCUGAGUGUACAAAACAUUAAUAACACCAUCCUAAUAUUGAGUUGCUCCCGCCUCCUUUUGCCCUCAGAACUAACAAGGAAUUAACAAGUGACAUCAAUAAGGGAUCACAGCCUUCAUCUGGUCAGUCUGUCAUGGAAAGAACAGGUGUUCAUAAUGCUUUAUACACUCUGUGUACUUUGUAUCCCUCAAGUGUUUCCUUUAUUUUGUCAGUUACCUGUUGAUCUCACUGUCACAAAGCAGUCUCAUAAAACAGGAUAUGUAAGUAUCUGAGGCAGUGGUUGUUUUAGUAGUACUCUGAAAGUAUUUCCCUGUCUCGUUCCUGCUCCCUCAGACACCAGGUACAUGAGAAAGACGAGUUCAAAGCCCUGAAGACCCUCAACAUCUUCUACCAGGCUGGCACCUCCAAGAACGGCAACCCUGUCUUCUACUACAUUACACGC